UGGUCCAGAUCCAGACAUGUGACUAUACAGGAAGGGAUUCAUAUCGUGGUCACCUCGGUCAGCUGUCACUGUAAAACGUGCAGGUUGGUUUCUUGCGCAGUUUUAGUCUAGAUACAUUUUCUCUAUUUUUUUAGCCAUAAGUCAGGCGUUAACGUAACUUCACGUGAAUUAAAACUCGCGCGGGCUCAGCAGCAGCAGCUGUCGUCAGGUGACUUUGUUUCAAAGCUGAUCCUGCUGUCAUUGAAAACAUGAACACUUUGGUGACUAGAUUAGAGCUCAAAUGGACCAGUCUAACCCUGGGACAACCUUGGAUAAUGUUAUCGGCAGUUUCGAAGGUAUGUAACAUAUUUGUGUAUCGCUUUUGUAAAUGUCACGCUGUUGAGAUAACACACAUUUUACCAUAGUUGUCACAAAGCCCCAUCCUCCCAAAAUACUGAAAUUUAAGGCAAAGUGUUCACUUGUUUCUUCCCAAGCCCAUAAAACUUAUGUAAGAAAUUUUGAAACACAGUUUCUCUUCUCUGGUUUGAACCAAAUUCCUGCAUUUUAUGUGUAGAUUCUGAUCAUCAACAGAUAAAAUAUAACCAUGUCGAUCUCAAGAGAAACUCUAGAUUUUUGUAAUAUUGUACAAAUUUAGAAAAAAUACAAAAGAGUACUAAAUACUCAGUCCAUAGGGAUGCACUGAUUCAAAGGCUGAACAUUGUUUUUAGCAAGUAUGGGCUCUGUUGGCCGACAUCAGCUAAAAAAAUGAACCACAAAUAAAUGAUUAGCCUACUUCUCACUGUUGAGAAGUGUUUUAUUCAGAGGAAGUCACCUACUGGACAAACUGAAUCAUUUUAAUGAUCCAACAUGACAGUAACUGUGUGUGCAGUGUGUGAAUAUCACGCCAUCUCUGGGAAAGAUUGUCAACAUGUAGUUUGUGACAUUUUAAGAGGAACUCCAAAAGAGAGACUAUCAACUAUUGAACAAACAUCAGUUUUUAAAGCUCAUAAAGAGAGACCCAUAAAAAAAUUUAAAAAAGUAUAACCUAAAAUGCUCUUUCAAACGUUGUUAUUGGCUCAGAUUUUAAGAAAUGGUGAAUUUCUGUGCCAUUUAAGUUUUUAUUUACGUGGACAGUAUCAUUACCGUGACUUACAAAAUAUCCUAAAAUAGAACAGAACCAUAAAACAGCAAAACACACCAAAUUAAACCGUACUUUGCAGUUACAUUAAUUCAACCAGAUCCUCCCAGUGCCUCAGCUGUGAGAGAGAAAACAGUUCCAUCACAUCUCAAAGAUCUCCUCUUUAUUGUUGAUUCAAGAUAACGUUUGUUCAAAUUAUAUUAUUUCCAACAUAAAUGCCAUCCAUUUCUGUUAAUCUGGAGAGGAUGACCCUUUUUGUAAUCUGAAGAUCACCCUGAUAGCUGUGACAACCGAGACCUUUAUCACUGCAGCAUCAUGUUUUGAAGUAUUUAGCAAUCCUGUCUGAUCUUCAAACAGGUUUAUUGUUGGAGAUGCAGGUUUCAUAUAGCCUAGGCCCCUCUCUAUAGGUUCAAGUAUUUAUAACUGGUGCAUUUCCAAUGUGUUUACAAAAACAAAUCUAUGAGAUAAUUUUGAGGUUUAAAGAAUUUAGUUAACUGAAGGUUUGUUUUAGAUGCUUUGAAUGUGGUUUUUAUUUAGUUUACUUACAGGUGUCUAUCACACUCAUCUUUAUUUACUUAAUUGCAGCCACAUUUAAAAAAUCUUUUCGCUCCUGCAUCUACAUUUUUGCAAGCGUAUAGUUUGUGUAUAAAACAGGUGCCUCAUUGUAGCCAUCUCAAAGUAACCUCACAGUGUAGGAAGAAACAAAAACUAGUAGUGCCACCUGCUGUUGAGUAGAAAUGCUCCAGUUUAGCCUCCAACCCAGCUGCUCUUAAUCACAGACUGGUUUAACUUUUCUGGGAAAGUUUACCUCAGUGAGGGAGAUCAGGCUUUGACUCUUGAAAAUUUGAAGGUCAGUGAUCACAAACUUGUCAGAGAGGUUAAAAACAUCCAGAGCUCUAAACGGACGGUAGUCAAAUAGACAAGGGCAGGUAAUCUCUUGAAAAACCAGAGCCAAUAUAAAAACAUAAAGGCCAAAGUUGUUUCACUUUCACUGCUAGAACAAAACCUGGGGGAGUGAGGAGGAUGUCAGCCGACAGGAGUCUGUACAUUCUCCUCUACAUUCCUGAGAGUAAAUAGCAGAAAGCACCUUUUAAAAGUGUAAAAUGUAAAUAGAUGUAAGGUUGGUUCAUACUGACUCUUGGAUGCAGAGAAGUACUGUUACCUUGCAUUCUUUCUACACACCUUUUAAAAGUUCAAUUUCAUGGUGUUGUCUUCAGGUCCAGCUCUCCACACUCCCUCCUGAACCUGUCAUCCCCUCUAAGAAGCCGCUCAAAGUGGAGCUGGUGGGUGGGAAGCGUUACUCGUGGUGCACAUGUGGAUACAGUAAGAAACAGGUACGGCCUUCUUUUCUCCAUAACUCCUGUCUGCAGUAAACCUUCCUCAAUCUUCCCUGAUCAUAUCUUUAUCUUCCAGCCUUUCUGUGACGGAGCCCACAAACUUAAAGCUCAGGGCUUCUCCCCGCUGCGCUUUGUUCCUGAGAAAGACUGCACAGUCUGGCUGUGUGGCUGCAAGUACACCAACAACCCACCUUACUGUGAUGGCACACACAAGCAGGAGUUUGUCGUCUCUGCCCCGCUCUAUGAGCCAACCGACUCCUGAAGUGGAAGGCAGAGGAGUCUGUGAACUCAGCGCUCGAAAUGCAGCUGUUGAAUCCAAAUCUGUGCAUUCAAAGAUGCCACCACAUGAGAACUUAUCAACCUCAGAAGUGUCUAAAUCCUGUGCAGUGUCAGGGUUUGCCUCAGAAAGAUGUCGGCAGUGGACAUCGUCCUUCUUUUCUGACUUGUGGUAGAAAUGAUACUGCUUAAUGGUGGGCUUAUAAGGGUUAGCUUCAAACUCAGAUACUUCAGCAUGUGUAAAAUACACCAUCAAUAAACACUUACUGAUGGUUAAAAUGUCACUUUUCAGACUUCAUAAGAUGUUUGAAGACUCUCCUACAGCUCUACACACAGCAGAAACCCACACUGAAAGCCAUAGUGUUCACCUUGCCAUCUUUGUGAAAAUGCCAUAUUGUCUACUCAGGAGAUGUAUUUAUAUUCUUUUAUUUAAUUAUUUUACAAAUAAACUUGAACUGUGUUGCCAGUUGUCA